UGAGGAGCAGAUAAAUGCUCCAUUAUGUGAAGAGGCAGAGCAGAUUACUGUGACUCCAGAGAACCAGGAGAAGGAAGACGUGGAGCAGGAGAAAGACGACGAUGAGGACGAUGAGCAGAAUCCUCCGUCUGAGGACUGGGCCAUCUUCAGGGCAGACGGAGUGGAAAUCCAGAUUAACCUUAAAGAAAGAAACGAGAGUGAGGAAAUUGAAUUCAGUGCAGAAAAUGGAGAGAUAACUCAGGAGGAAGAUGAAGAAGACGUUGAAAAGUUUUUUAUUGACACAACUCCUCCUCCGGUGGCUCCGUUUAAUCAUCGCAUGGUGUCGGCUAAGCCAAACCAGAUCAGGAACUUUUAUACCAUCAACUGGCAGGAGGUCCUUGGCGGGGGUCGUUUUGGUCAGGUACACAAAUGUGUUGAAAACUCUUCGGGUCUCACUUUGGCGGCAAAGAUCAUCAAAACGCGGAAUCAGAAAGAAAAGGACGUGGUGAAGAAUGAAAUCCAGGUCAUGAAUAAUCUGGACCAUGCCAACCUGAUCCAGCUCUAUGCAGCUUACGAGUCGAGAAAUGACAUCAUCCUUGUACUUGAAUAUGUUGGAGGAGGAGAGCUGUUUGACAGGAUUAUUGAUGAAAACUACACGCUGAUGGAGCUGGAUGCCGUGGUGUUCAUGAGGCAGAUCUGUGAGGGCCUGCAGUACAUGCACAAAAUGUCUGUACUGCAUCUGGACUUAAAGCCAGAAAACAUUUUAUGUGUGAGCAGAAUCACAAAUAAAAUUAAGAUCAUUGACUUUGGGCUCGCCAGAAUAUAUAAACCGAGGGAGAAACUGAAGAUAAAUUUUGGAACUCCAGAGUUUCUUGCUCCAGAGGUUGUCAACUAUGACUAUGUGUCCUUUAACACUGAUAUGUGGAGUCUUGGAGUUAUCACUUACAUGCUUCUGAGUGGUCUGUGUCCUUUCCUUGGUGAUGAUGAAAGUCAGACUCUGAACAACAUUCUGGCCUGUCAGUGGAACUUGGAUGAGCAAGAGUUUGUUGACACAUCGGAAGAAGCCAAAGAUUUUAUCCGAAGACUCCUCGUUCCAAAUAAAUGUUGGAGGAUGGGUGCGUGCGAGGCGUUGAGGCAUCCUUGGCUUUCUGACCCUGUUCUUCAUCAUCAUCUUUACACAAAGGUAGAACAACAGGACUGA